AUGGAGCUCAGCUCCAAACACAGCAAGGACAAGUGGGUGGAUCCAAGGAGCCUUACGGGUGCAGAGGAGCGAGACAGGAACGCGAUGGAGAAAUCCUCCACCCAGAAGGACACUCCUUGGCCAGGAGAUGACGACGACGUUCACGACCAUGUGGCCCAGAGAAGCCAAGGGUUCCUAUCCCUCUUGAACGCCAGGACGUCCACAGAGCUAAUGCCACAGACGGUGGUGCUGCACGGUGCCGCGGGCGUCGGGAAGACCACGCUGGCCAAGCAGUGCAUGCUGGACUGGACGCAGGCCGGCCAGGCCCGCGCCCGCCCCGCCGCCCUCUACCUCAGCUGCAAGGCGCUCAGCCGCAGGGGGCCGUGCACCCUGGCGGAGCUGCUGGCCGACAGCGCCCCGGGCCCGCGCCGGGCCCUUCCGCGGCUGCUCGCGCGGGCGCGGACGCUCCUGCUGGUCGUCGACGCUUUCGAGGAGCUGCGCGUGCCCGCCGCGGCGCUGGCGCGCGACCUGGGCGGCGACUGGGGCGCGCGGCGGCCGGCGCCCGUGCUCCUGGGGGGCCUGCUCAAGAGGAAGCUGCUCCCCGCGGCCACGCUCCUGGUGACCACGCGGCCCGAGGCCCUGGGGGAGCUGCGGCUGGUGGUGGAGCAGCCGCUCCUGGUGGAGGUCGAGGGGCUCUCGGAGCCGGAGCGCAGGGCGUAUCUGCGGCGACAGCUGGGAGGCGAGGCUCAGGCGCGGCGCGCUUGGCAGCUGAUGAGAAGCAACGCGGCGCUGCUCCGCCUGGGCUCGGCGCCCGCCGUGUGCUGGAUGCUGGGCGCCUGCCUGCGGCUGCCCGCGGACGAGGGCGACCACCCGGGCCGCACGUGCCGCACCGCCACGUCGCUGCUGCUGCGCUUCCUGUGCAGCCGGUUCGCGCCCGCGCCGGGCAGCUGCCCGCGCCCGCGCCCCCGGGCCCCGCUGCGCGCCCUGUGCCUCCUGGCGGCCGAGGGCGUGUGGGCGCAGACCUCGCUGUUUGAGCCCCGGGACCUGCGCAGACUGGGCGUGCGCGAGGCCGACCUGCGCCCCUUCGUGGACCGGAGCCUCCUGCAGGAGAGCGGCGAGUGCGCGGGCUGCUACCGCUUCCUGCACCUGAGCCUGCAGCACCUCCUGGCGGCCGCGCUCUACGUCCUGGGCGGCGGCGAGGGCGGCCCCGGCUGGGGCGCUCGCGGGGUGCGGAGGCUGCUCUCCAAGGAGGAAGGGCGCCGGAACCCCCACCUGGCCCACGUGGGGCGCUUCUUGUUCGGCCUCGCCAACGAAGACCGGGUCAGGGAGCUGGGGGCCGCCUUCGGCUGCCCGGUGUCCACGGAGCUCAAGCACGAGCUGCUGGCGUGCACCGUGAGGUCCCCCGAGAACGGCCCCUUCUCCUCGGUGACGGACACGAGGGAGACCUUGUGCCGUCUCUACGAAUCGCAGGACGAACCGCUGGUGAAGGAAGCCGUGGCCCAGGUCACGGAAGUGUCCCUGCACUUGAAAGACCCCACGGACCUCGCGCACGCGUCCUUCUGCCUCAAGCAUUGCGAACGGCUGCAGAAACUGCGUCUGCGGGUGGAAAAGGGCGUGUUCCUGGACGACGACACCGCGUCGGGGUCCGAGGCCCAGGCUGCCGGGGCACAGUAUGACCACCUCUCUCUCCAGCUCUGGGCGGAUCUCUGCUUGGUGUUCAGUUCAAACAAGAGCCUGUGCUUCUUGGAUGUGAGCCAAAGCUUCUUGAGUUCCUCCUCCGUGAGGAUUCUUUGUGAGCGAAUAACCCGUGUCACCUGUCAUCUCCAGAAAGUGGUGAUCAAAAAGGUCUCCCCUGCCGAUGCUUAUCGGAACUUGUGUCUAGCUGUCAUUGGUAAGAAGACUCUGACCUACCUGGUCCUGGAAGGUGGUGGCCACAGUGACAAGCUGCUGCUGCUGUUGUGUGAGCCACUGAAACACUCCAGAUGUAACCUGCAGUAUCUGAGGUCGGUCUCCCGGUCCUUGCUUUUCUCAGCGGUCAUCUGAUGCCGUGCGCUAGCUACCCCGUGCCUCUGGGUGAACGGGAAAGGAGACAGACCUACUCGGAUCGGAUGCCACGUUAAACGGGGGACGUAGUCUCGGACAGAGGCAGAAACCCCAUCCACAUUCUUUUUUCUCCAGCUAGCUCGUCUUGUGCAUUGAAUAAUGAGCCCCGAGGGCAAAGAAACACCCAGAACUCUACACUGUCCUCUGGCUCAGGGACACGGUAUCUUAGACUCCAGGUUGCCUACAUGGUAGGAUUCAGAGCAACCAUCAACCCUAACUGACCACUCAGCAAUACCACAGAAGCAUCAAGUAUCCUGGCCGCUGGUAUUUCACUGAUUUGAGCAAUUCCUCAGAGACCGCACCCCCCCCCCCCAACCAUGAGCACUCUGAUGAUCAUCACCCACCUAGGGAACCAUUUUUCCUUCCUUUGGUUUAGUUGGGUGGCAGCCUGAGGUACAGGCUAUCAGCACAGGUUUGUUUUGUUUUGUUUUGUUUUUGGAUUUGAGCUCACUUCCAAAUACCAUUUUUUACCUCUAGGAUUCUGAGCUGUUUCCUCAUCCAUAAAACUGAAGCAGGAAUAUGACCUGCUUUGCACAGGGGGCAGACACAAAGGGUAGCUCUUUCCAUAUGGAUGAUUUUUGAUGUUGUUCCUCAUUUAAUUAGAAAAAAAAUGUUACUCUAAAGUUUUGAUAAGUGAUGUUUCUAAGUGGGUACACUAAACCUCAGCAAAUGUCUGAAUCAGAAUCUCCCAGUUAGGCUCAC